AUGGCACGUUGUAGAGAGACCUGGGGACUGACCGGAACCUCUGACCUGGGGACUGACCGGGACCUCUGUGAACUGACUGACCGGGACCUGGGGACUGACCGGGACCUGGGGACUGACCGGGACCUGGGGACUGACCGGGACCUGGGGACUGACCGGGACCUCCGUGAACUGACUGACCGGGACCUGGGGACUGACCGGGACCUCCGUGAACUGACUGACCGGGACCUGGAGACUGACCGGGACCUGGGGACUGACCGGGACCUCCGUGAACUGACUGACCGGGACCUGGGGACUGACCGGGACCUGGGGACUGACCGGGAUCUCUGUGAACUGACUGACCGGGACCUGGGGACUGACCGGGACCUGGGGACUGACCGGGACCUCUGUGAACUGACUGACUAACAGACAAGAAGUGAUAUCUCUGGAAUGUAUGUAUUGGCUUUUGAACUGCAGGCAAAUGCUAUUGUAUUCUGUGUCUGAUUUCAUAAUGUCAAUAUUUUCAAAGUACUGGAAACAUAUCACAUGUAAUAAAUAACGUAUUACGAAUCAAA